AUCCAUAGUAAAGCCCUGACUUCCCGAUAAGGCAGGGACAUCUUCUUUGUAGAGCUUUUAUAAAGUUAUUAGGAAUAACUCAACUCGGCCGUUGUGCGAGUCGAAUUUUUGAACACUGCUCCUCUCCAUCUGCAACUCCAAUCUAAAGUUAGUGGGCCUUGAGAUAAAUUAGAGCCAGUCCAACCUCCAUCUUUAGGGAGAGAGUAAAACGGCCUCCAAACUUGGCGGCAAGAGAGGUCAAGGCUUUGAACGGGUUCCCCUUGUUCUCCUCCUCUCUUCUUUCCACUUGUAAUACUUUUAUGCAUUCUUCUUUUUCCUGUUUUGUGGGUUGUUGAGAGAGAGAGGGAGAGAGAAUUAGAGAGAGGGAGAGAGAGAGAGAGAGGGGGGGGGGGGAAGAGAGAUGUCUAUGGUUAUGGGGGUGGUGUCUCGUCGCUCUGAGAAUGUUGUUGGGUUCGAUCCGGAAAUGGAAAAUGAGGAGGUCUCAGAGCAGAACGGCGAAGCAGGGCCUUCAGAGAAGCUUUCUCUCUCUAGGAAGUUUAGCCAGGCCUCUGUUUGCUCAACUGAAGGUGGGGAUGAUGAUGAUGAUGAUGAUGAUGAUGGGGAUGACGAUGACGAUGAUGCGUCCGGCCGAUCCAAGUCUGCAAAAGACCUUACCCUUGGCCCCCAAUUCACCCUCAAAGAACAAAUGGAGAAGGAUAAAGAAGAUGAGAGUUUGAGGAGAUGGAAGGAGCAGCUUCUUGGGAGUGUGGAUUUAUCUGCUGUGGGAGAAAAUCUAGAGCCGGAAGUGAAUAUCCUGAGCCUCACGAUCCUCUCGCCUGGUCGCCCUGACGUUCUUCUUCCCAUCCCCUUUGUUCCGAAUGCAAAAGGCUACGCCUUUGGUCUCAAGGAUGGCAGCAAAUACAGGCUCAAAUUCACAUUCCAGGUCUCUAACAAUAUCGUGUCUGGCCUCAAGUAUACCAACACUGUAUGGAAGACUGGUGUACGAGUUGAGAACACAAGAGUAAUGUUGGGGACGUUCAGUCCUCAGCCUGAGCCUUACAGUUCAGAAUUGGAGGAAGACACCACGCCCUCUGGGAUCUUCGCCAGAGGUUCUUAUUCUGCAAGAUCAAAGUUUGUGGACGAUGAUGGCAAGUGCUAUCUGGACCUGAGUUACAGUUUCGAGAUUCGAAAGGAUUGGCCAUCUUCUUGAAAGAAGGAACCACCAUGUUCCCAUCCAACACAUUUACUUUAAUUCUAACCAGUUGGGCUUGUUGGAAAAUUUCACCAAGAAACUCAAAAUAUUUUUUCUUUUUGUUUUGUUGGUUCUAAGAGGCUUCUCUUCUUUGUGUGAGGAGAUGAUCAUGUACCCUGUAAUCUUGAUUCCUGAUAAAUCACAUCUCCCAUUUCAUAUGUUUCCCA